GCUCCUCCUCCCUCCUCCGUCACCGACGUCCUCUCUCUCCUUCUUGCUCGUCGUCGUCGCUGCCGGUGUAUGCGCCUAGGGAUACAGUGACAAGUCGUAUAGACAUCACAUCCUUCUUCCCUCACCGCCACCGUCACGCACUUGUCUUCCCUGAGAAAAUUACACCAGAUGUCAGUCUCCCUCCUCCGUCCAGCCGUGCGCGCCCUUCCUAGGGCCACCGUCGCCCGCUCCACCCUCGCGGUCCGCAGUUAUGCCUCCUCUUCCGCACCCAUACUCGUCUCCAACAUCGAGGCGCAGUGGAAGGGCAUGACACCCGAGGAACAGAACGAGGUGCACAAGUCGCUCGAGCAGCUCCAGAAGAAGGACUGGAAGCAGCUCAGCUUGGACGAGAAGAAGGCUGCAUACUACGUCGCAUUUGGCCCCCACGGUCCCCGCACCCCGAUCGUACCCCCCGGUAGCGGUGUCCGGGUCUUCUUUGGCAUUGUCGGCGUUGUUGGUGUCGCCGGUCUUAUCUACGCCAUCACUCGUUCCUUCGCUCCUCCUCCCGUAAAAACUAUGACUCGUGAAUGGCAGGAAGCCACCAACGAGCAGCAGCGCCGCGACAAGGUCAAUCCAUUCUCCGGUGUCGCCUCGGAGGGCUACAAGGGAAAAGGCAACAUCCAGUAAACGAGUUCUGUGUACUUACAGCUACAAACUGGGCCGACUGGGCCCCGGUUCCGCCGGCCCCGUAUAUAUUAGCAUAUUGUCUGCAAAAGACGAAUUUGCCGAAUCAAAUUUCUUUCUCUCACCUGGAACGUACGCGUUGGCGGCUGAUUCAGACAGAAACGCCAGUAUGCUCGAAUUGCUACGUCACCAA